AUGGGAGUUCAGAGGAUUGAGAAAGACCAUGGAAGUGAAUGUCAUAAUGAGUGUGAUAAAAAUCAGCCAGCUAGUCCAGAGAGUAUGAUCAUUAAAGACACGCCUUGCAGAGUAAGAGUUCAUGAGACUCCAUUGCUUGUAACAAAUAUCAUUGGUGAUUUAUCCUUACAAGGGUAUCUCAGAGAAAAAGAUAGAGGGAAACCACCACUGUAUAAGGGAGCUGUGGCAAAAGCUUGUAAACAUCAGAAUCAUUGGAAAGUAAUCAGUUGUUCUAAAUCCCUUCAGGUACUUGAAACUUCUCCUGAAGAGAAACCCAGGAAAAAACAAUAUAAAGAAGCCUGUAGGAGUCUGUGUUUAGAUCAGCCUCAGGAGAGAACUUAUACUGGAGAUAAACUCAAUGAGGAUAUCUUCAUGAGAUACACACGGGGACAGAAUGAUGAACAAAAUCAUAAAGAAGUGGAACAAUUUGUAUGUAGUCUCUGGGAAGAAUCCUUCAUUGAUUUCAGUGAGCUUACCAACCAUGAAAAUAGUCAUAUUGAAGAAAAAAGGUACAGUUGUAGGCAAUGUGGCAAAACAUUUAAAUAUAAAACAUGUUUUGAGAAACAUAAAGUAACUCACAAAGGAGAGAAACCAUAUGCUUCUAUACAUUAUGGAAAAGCCUUCACCCAAUUCAAUCAUCAUAACAGUCAUGAAGGCAGUUACAUUGGACAAAAGCCUUAUACUUGCAAGCAUUGUGGGAAAAAAUUCACCAGUUCAUCUCAUCGAAACAUUCAUGAAAAAAUUCACACUGGAGAGAAACCUUAUGCAUGUAAGCAUUGUGGAAAAGCCUUCAACAAGUGCAGUAGUCGUAACAGACAUGAGAGGAGCCACACUGGAGAGAAACCAUUUGCAUGUAAACAUUGUGGAAAAAACUUCACCAGUUCAUCUCAUCUAAACAAUCAUGAAAGAAUUCACACUGGAGAGAAACCUUAUGCAUGUAAGCAUUGUGGAAAAAACUUCACCACUUCUUCUUAUCUACACAUUCAUGAAAGAAUUCACACUGGAGAGAAACCUUAUCCAUGUAAGCAUUGUGGAAAAAACUUCACCAGUUCUGUUUAUCGAAACAAUCAUGAAAGAAUUCACACUGGAGAGAAACCUUAUUCAUGUAAGCAUUGUGGAAAAGCCUUCAACGACCCCAGUAGUCAUAAGAGACAUGAGAGGAGCCAUGCUGCAGAGAAACCAUUUGCAUGUAAACAUUGUGGAAAAAACUUCACCACUUCUCUUUAUCGAAACAAUCAUGAAAGAAUUCACACUGGAGAGAAACCUUAUGCAUGUAAGCAUUGUGGAAAAGCCUUCAACGACCCCAGUAGUCAUAAUAGACAUGAGAGAAGCCAUUCUGCAGAGAAACCAUUUGCAUGUAAACAUUGUGGAAAAAACUUCACCAGUUCUUCUUAUCUACACAUUCAUGAAAGAAUUCACACUGGAGAGAAACUUUAUCCAUGUAAGCAUUGUGGAAAAAACUUCACCAGUUCUGUUUAUCGAAAAACGCAUGAAAGAAUUCACACUGGAGAGAAACCUUUUUCAUGUAAGCAUUGUGGAAAAGCCUUCAACGACCCCAGUAGUCGUAAGAGACAUGAACGUAGGCACACUGCAGAGAAACCCUAUGCAUGAGCAUUGUGGAAAAGCCUUCAACUCUUCCAUUAGGUGUAACAGAGAUUAACGGAGAUAUACUACA